AUGGCUGAAACUCAAGACCCGCCUACUCGGCGCACAUAUCAAGGCAGUUGCCACUGCGGCGCCUUUGCUUACGAGAUCGAUCUCACGGAACUCAAAACCGUUGUAGAUUGUGACUGCAGCUUCUGUAGCCGCAAAGGCAAUCUCUAUUUCCUGACGAGUGAAGAGGACAACUUUAGAGUUGUCAAGGGUAGCGAAGAGAGCCUCACGUCUUACACGUUUGGCCCGGGGAACAAGAUCCACAAGUAUACUUUCGAGGAUGCCCAAGGGCCCUCCGCGUCUACAGUUGCUGUUGAAUGUACGCGCCAUACAAGGUAUAAACAUCAAUCAAAUAGGAAGAAGAAAUUCUAUUACAGCAUCUUCAAUUCCAACCUCGACCCGCAAUAUUCCCCUCCGGCUUACAAAGGAGACGUGCCAUCCACCAUUGAAGGCGGCCAACUCUACACCGGAAGCUGCCAUUGCGGUGCCGUGACCGUUGCUGUCUCGUGUAAGCCUUUAGAGUCCGGCGAAGAGAGAAUAGCAGAAUGCAGCUGUGACAUUUGUCUGCGUAAUGCAUGUGUUUGGAUUUCUCCAAACUCCGAAAAUGUCGUCCUCUCAGGAUCUGAAGAUGCCAUAGGCCGCUACGUACUCGCCGAUGGCCGGACGAGCAAAGUAUUCUGCCACACAUGCGGUGUCAACAUGUCAAGUUUCAGGAACGAACUCUCUGAAGAGGAGAUGAUAGAACUGGAUGAGCAGAAUCUUCGGGCCUAUAAGAGAGGCAGAGCGCACUAUCCGAUUAACGUGCGAACGCUGCAUGGAGUGGACGUGGGGAAAUUAAAGAAGAUCAUGAACGAGACUAUGCCUUGCCGGUUACAUUUGUGA